GCAGGGUGUGGCUCACGUCAUAAAGUCCGCCAAUGGCCUGUGUCAGACAUCACUGGGCAUCAGCACAAGACUGUGUUUCCUGACAAUUGUCACGCUAAUGCGAAAGAGUUUGUGUUUGUUGUUGGCGAUUCACAUCUCAGAUCUUUUGCUGAUAGAGUUGUGAACAUGCCAGAGGGUCGGCUGUCCUUUGGUUUUAUGGCCACACCUGGAGGAGAUGCAACAGCGUUGCGUUUGGAGAUCUCCCAUCUUGGUGAUACUCCACGUACUCCAGAUGCAGUGUGCCUGCUUGCUCCAGGGAACAACAUGACCUCAAGUCGCACUAUUGAGGAGGCUGCCAGGGCCUUUGGGACUCUCCUCAGUGUUGCAUUGCAACACUGGCCAAACAAGGUGUUUGUGGUGGAUUUCCCCAUACGACAUGUACAUGCAACACUGGAAUACCAGCUUCUGCUAAAGCAGGAAUAUCACCGAGUUGCAGCAAAGAUGGGGGUGCGGUAUUUCUCAACAAAUGAUGUUUUCCAGCCAUCCAAAAGGCAUCUCUGGUGUCAGGAUUUGGUACACCUAAGUGAUGACAAAGGUAUGCCUCUCCUUGCGGACUUCAUUUGGAACACUUCAUACAGCAUCCUGCACAUCCCUGUCAAUCCUGUGCCACUUGGAGUGCAUCCUACACUCAAACGAUGCUUCCACAAAAACAAGAAGCAUGGUACUUCAUCACAGCCACAGUGUGUUGCUCCAUCUCAGCGCUCAGCAACAUCCUAUCAGCCCUUUCCAGCUGUUAAAAUGAAGUAUGUCGACCAUGACCAAUGGACACACCUGCUGCCUACUGUUCCAGAUGUAAGGAUGCAGGUUCGGGACCGGCGUCAUUGUAUACGUCAGCAUGCUGCCAAAGGACUGUUUGUUGACAUACAGCAACGAAUUCUCAGUGGGGGUACAAUGGAACGCAUCUUUGACACAUACGUCCUAUGUUACCCUUCGGGCUACCGCCAGAACGCCAAGCCUGUCCAUGACCCAGCACCCAAGUCUGUGGCUGAGAAGAAAUCUCUGCACAUCAAAAAGCUAAGUGGUGCUGGUUCACGUCGUAGGCCUCUGGUUGUAGUUGACAGGGUCAGAGAAGUUGUAGAACAGGAAGAUGUUAGGGACAAGGUAGUAAGGAGGAGAAAGAUGGGAAACAUACACACCAGUGUUACACAGACAGAACAGAAGCAGGAGUUGCCUACUGAGAGAGUACUGAAACAGGAGUUGGCUAGUCAACUAGUACAGAAACAGAAGUUUGGUACAUAUGAAGGAAGUGUUGUUGGUCAGGGGGAAGGGGGUCACAUGCCUUCAGAAGUAGGCAAAGGGCUUCAGGAUACACAACACAUAAAUGGGGUAUAUAGCUGGGUGAUGGUAAGUAAUUUCUGUGUUCCCUUCCAGCUCACUUUUGAAUGUCCCAAUAAGUUUAGUAUUGCAGAACUGUGUGAUGACAACACAUUGCCAGUAACUUCUAAGCCAAAUGGGCUGAAAUCAUUGCCAAGUAAGACAUCAAAUACACUGUACAACAAAGGGGGGAUACCUUCUGUGCAUGACACAAGUCGGGGAGAUUCAGACCAUAACAAGACAGUGUGCUUACAGACAGUAGCUCAUGCUGAUAUUGAAAACAAACAAAAAGAAAUAAACAGCAGACCAGCCGCAGUACUUGCCAUAAAAAAGGCCAAGAACCACAUAAGAGGAGGUGUAGGUGGAGGCAACUCAAUAUUUGAGACGGCAAUUAGCAUAGCAGAGCAGCAUGGUAUCCAACUUAGAAGUGGCAAUCCAAACAAGGCCAAUGGUAAUUGCUUGUAUGAAUCUAUUAUUGAUAACAUAAAUGCAAGACAAUGUUUUGCAGAACAUUUGCCAGAAAGGCCUGAGCACUAUAGAAAGGUCUGGAAUACUGUAGGUGAACAGAAAAUUAAGGCAUCUCCAUACUAUCCAAGCAUAUAUACAGAACAGCAGUGGAGAGAAGCAUGGCAAACUUUGCAAACAACUAACCAAUAUGACCUUGACUAUUUUGGUGAUGUAUCCUUAGUUGUGCUCAUACUACUAAGAAAGAUAUCCUUGUUUUCAACACACCUUGGAAAACAACAACUGCUCAACCUCAUAGUCCAAUAUAUGUAAUAUUUGCAGAUGCAAUAGAUCCAGCAAAUGCAAGAGAUACUGAUGUUCCAUUGGUGUUGGCAUACAAUGGCCAUCAUUUUGAAAGCCUCAUUCCUGUUUCUAAUGUUGAUGUUAACAAAACAAUUGUUUUGGUGGAUGCAUAUAAGACUGGCACGUAUACGACUCCUAGGUCUUUAGCACAAAUGUUUCAGCUCAUUGGAAAUGAUUUACACAACACAGAAACAGAUUCUCCCACAACAAAUGAAACCAUAUGUACACAGGCCACAGAAAACCAGAAAAG